UACUUUGGGGAGAUUGAGGGAUAAAGUGGCGCUUCCAAAUGUCAUUGGCCUUCCCCUGGCGGUUUCAGUGAGUGUGUGACAGGGAGUAAAUGGGGCCGCUCCAUGUUGCCUUGUAGUGAGGGGGUGCGAGUGUCUCAGGUUGGUGUAGGGGCGGUACUAGAGCCCCCCUAUGUCACACUCUGACUGGUGCCUCCCCUUUACUUUCCUCCCGAGUCGGACUGUGCCACUGAGUUACGUGGGGGUCCCCGGCCAUGUUGCUCCUCUCGCUGCUGCUGCUGCUCGUGGUGUCCCGGUGCGGAGCUCAGUACGAACAGUACAGUUUCCGCGGGUUCCCCCGGUCGGAGGUGCGGCCCCUGCAGGCCACUUAUGGCCGCGCUCUGGAGCUGUACGAGGGGGACAAGUGGAAGGAGGCGGCCCGGGCGCUGGAGAACAGUCUGAGGCUUCACCGGCUGCUCCGGGACAGUGAGGCGCAUUGCGGACACUCUUGCUCCGCGGGGGACGACGAAAGUCCAGUCCUGGAGAAGAAGGAGGAGGAGCAGGAGUGGAGGCGGGAGCUGCGGCUGUUCGGCCGAGUCUUGGCCAGAGCCGUGUGUCUGAGGAAGUGUAAGGGGAGCCUGGCGGUCUUCCAGCAGCCCCACCCCGACCCCGACACUCUCAGCGCCUUCCGACGCCGGGACCCCUAUCAGUAUCUGCACUACUCCUACUUCAAGACCAAUGAACUGGAGAAAGCGGUGUCGGCCGCCCACACGUUCCUGCAGAAGAAUCCGACCCACGAGAUGACGCUCAGGUACAUGAAUUACUACAAAACUCUGAUGGAAGUGGAGGAAUAUCUCAUAGACCUGGAGGCGGAGCCUUACGAGGGGAUGUUUGUGAAGGCAGUGAAGACGUACAAUGCGGGGGAUUUCAGGCGCAGUACUGAAGAGAUGGAACAGGCGCUGCCUCUUUACUACAAGGCCUAUAACAGCUGCCUGACGGCCUGCGAGGGAGCCUAUCAGAUGAGAGAGUUCAAAGACUUCUACCCGGCAGUUGCAGUGAACGAUGUGAAGAACGCCGUGCAGUGCGUCUCCAGCUACAUGCUCUUUGAUCCCGAUGACACGGUCAUGCAGCAAAACCUGGCCUAUUACAGGUUCUAUAAGGAGAAAUGGGACCUGGAGGAUACAGAUUUCAAUCCCAGAGAGGAGGCUCUGCGGUAUCACAGCCAGACGACUAGAUACAAGGAGCUCUUGCAGUUUGCCAAAGAUUUCCUCUAUCAAGACGACGACGAGAUGGAAGUAGGAGCAGAGGAGGAAAAAGAAGCAUCUCCCAGUGACAGUGAGUUUGAAGGGGAAGGGGACUAUGAAGAAGGGAUCCUUGCUAAUUGGUUGACGGAGCCAAAAUCUAAAGGGGACGUUGCAGAAAAAGGAUAUUGAAGUGUGUAAAUCAGCGGCUCUGGGGCCACAAGGAACCAGAAGAUCUGGUGUAUGUGAUAUAUAUAUAUACACACACAGUAUAUACAUGAAGUCCCUAGCUACUGGAUGCAGAGCAACUCCUCGUUGUGCCUUACACCAGUCUCCUGCCAGAGUGGAAACCUUUCUUACAAAGCUGCCCAUUGGAUUCAUUCAAUAUCAUGCCGCAGAGCUGACACUUUAUUUGACUCUCUGGGGUAGCAGCAUCAGUGCCUAAUGCAGUCGUUUCUAAGGGGGGGAGCUCACCUUUUAAGUCAACUUUUAGAAUGUCUCUCUCUUAGCAACAUUUCAAUUGGUCUGCAUUUUUUUAUUUCUCAUAGUUUAGAACAUAUUCGCCUUGCUCUUUUCACUCUGUGAGGCUUUUUAUUGUUACUUUGUAUUACUUAUCUUUUAUCCUAUUCAUCUUCCACAUACCACUGCCUGGUUGCUAUUGUAAACUAGACCAUAGCAACCAGAUAAUUUAUGAAAUCACCAAAGAACUGAACCAUUAAAAAACAGGGUGAGAAAAGUCUAAAAUGUAUUAAAAGUCCAUUUAAAGGUGUACCACCCCUUUUUCCCCAGGGGACCAAUAUUAAAUCAGGGAAUGAGGGUAACGAGCUGAGAAUGAAUGAUGACUAUUUUCAGUUGUAGAAAGAAUUUUAAUGGGAUCAAGGUGACCCACCAAUAACAUGAGAAUGUUGGUUUGCACAGUAAUAAUGAUGUGGACUCCAUUGGAACAGCUUCACCCCGGUGACUGUAUAUUUGUCCUGUGCUGAAAAAAACAUUUAGAGGUGAUUGUGAAUAAUCUUGUAUUUUGUUGCAGUUGCUCCAGUUGAUUGUUAUUCCUCCUUAUAGCCACAAGGUGGCAGUGCCAUGUCUUCUUAUUAAUGGUGGCAUCCACUCUCACGUUAUUCUGUAUAAAAGGUUUUCGGAUUAUGAUCUCUCCUUUAAGUGUAACGUUUGUUAUUUAAAGCUUGGAAUUGUGUAUCAAUGUAUAAAACACAAUGUAUCACUCGUAA